AUUUAUUUUUUAUGUUUAAAUAAAUAAUCUAAUAAUCAAAUAAACACAAUUUAAGCUUUUAAUACUUUUUCAUUGCAAUUUUGUUUGUUUACAUAAACCUAUACUGCUUAACUUGGAAAAAAAGUUGCCUAAGAGUAUAUUAACUUCCACGGAAGAUAAUUGGAUGUCUACUUGCUACGACCUUAUUUAAAUUUUAAAUAUUUAGAAUAAAACUUGCAUAGAGUAUCUAUGGAAUAAGAUUUACUUAACCGGUUUAUAUAAGAUGGUGCUAAUAUGCUAGGGUUUGAAAAAAUUAUAGAAUGACAAAUGAUAAUUAGUUCUUUCUUCUAUAAUAAAUAAAAAUAAAAUCUAAACUUACAAAUUAUUAGCCAAAAUGCUCGAAACUGAAGAAGUUGACGUAGAUUACUUUACUCCAGCUUCUAGUACAUCUUUAUCUAAGAUAUUUAGUAACACUUUACAAACAGAGGAUGGACAAGAAAAUAGCUCUCUAAAGUACAUACCUCCAUUACCAACUCAAGUUCCUCCAAAACCUGAAGAGGAAAAGCCUACCCAGUGUGUGUUAUAUGUGAUGACUGUGAAUGCUUAUGAAUGGCUCAAAAACUCCUAUGUAUCUAAAGAAAGAAUAGGUUUUACAAUAAUUAAAAUUAUUAAAAGUAGCCUUCAUAACAUUAUACUGUAUGACUCUAAUAAGACAAUAUUAUCAUGUUUGACACUAACUUCUGGUACCGAAAUAAAUAUAAAGGAAAAUGUUAGCAUAUCAUUCUAUGACAAUAAACAGAAAUAUUGGAGUAUUUAUACAAAUUCAUAUGAAAUAAACAAAAUCUUAGAUAUUUUACAAGGAUUAAAUGUAUGCCUUAAAUAUCCUACAGAUGCAGAAAAUGAUUUAUCUAAAAAGGAUGAUAUUGACAUUAGCCAUAGACAAAGCACAUCAUCUUUAGUAAAAAAUCUAAUUAAAAAUGAUGAAAAAGAAAGUGACACAGAUUCUUCGGUAAAUAGAAGAACAAAGGAUUCCAUUUUAAAAAGAAUGGCUACUAUGGGACAAUCAGUUUUACCAUCUACUCAUAUAAUAACAGCACAAACAAGUGAUUCGUCAGACUCAAACGACUUACAAAGCCAACAUAAAGCCAGACACAAACAAUUUAAAAAUGCCAAUAAAAAAAACAUUGAAAAGCAUAUCACAGAAACAGAAAAUGUUAAUGUUUCACAAUUAAAGACAACCAAGCCAUUACUAUCUCCUGAAACAAAUACAUUUCAAAACAAUUAUCAAACUGUGGGUGUUAAAAUAAUGGAUAUUGUAAAAAGCCCAGGAAAUAUUGUAUCUGAUGAAAAUGACAUGUCACUGUUUAUUUCUGAACAAAGAGUAAGCAACAGUGAAUUACGAAUGAAUAUGAGCAGAAUCACGGAUAAAUUAGAUAUUAUGUUGAAUAAAGUGCAAUGUUUAGAUAGUGUUCACACAUCACACUUACAAAAUGAAAUAACAUAUAAAUUGUUAAAUGAAUAUGAAAAAAAAAUCAAAGCUUAUCAAGAUUUCAUAAAAUCAAAAGGGUUUAACUGCGACACAUUUGAAAUUAUUAAUCAUUCCAGUAAAACAGAUGUACCAUGUGAUUGCAAGCAAAAAUGUGAAGAAAAAGAUAGACAAAUAAACAAACUUGAAGGGGAUAUACAAUUGAUUUCCUCAAAAUUAGAGGAAAGAAAACUUAAAAAUAAUGAUGAAAACAGUUUGACUGAACAAAUAAAUGAUACAGUUAUACAUAGAGAACGAACUGAAGUAGCUCAAAAUGAGGAUGUCGCAAACAAGCUUAAAAGUAUAAUGAAUGAAACAUUCCAAAAAAUAUCAAUUAAUUUUGAUAGUGACAAGCAAUAUACAGGUGCAAUUGUAAAAAGUACAGUUGCAUCAGUCAUAAAGAAAACUACAAUGAAUUAUCUGAAAGAGCUUUAAUUAAAAAAAAAUGUUGUGCUCAAUUAUUGAAUUAUCUAUAUUUUAAUA